AUGGAACGGGUAUUUGCUUCCUAUUAUAUACGUGACUACGAAAGUGCUAGGCGUGCCUGGAUAUCCUACCUGAUGAAUGGAUUCUCACUUGUGAUCGCUGUUGUGUAUUAUCUGUUCUUACUAACGCUUGCUAUAGGUAUUUAUAUGACGGCCUCCCUGCUAUUUGUCACAUUUUUAAUAUUUCUGCUGCCAGCUUUUGCUAUGAUGGCUGUUCAUCGUCGAGAUACAGCCAAACUACGAGAUCUCAAAAAUGAAUCUGGUCUUUCAAUACUAAAUUAUACGCUAAGUAUGAAAUUUCAACUAGAAGAGAAUGUUCGAGUGUCGAAGUUUCUCUUCAACGCUUCUAUCGGAUAUGCUAGUUGGGGUACGGUUGGCACCGGCUUGGGAGUCGUAACUUGGCCAAUUUUCAAGGAAGAACAGCCAAUCAGUCAGCUUUUUGCAGCGCUCAUCAAUUUAUACAUCGCUGUGACCUUUGCUAUUUUUGUAUGGCUAGCUCUGGCGGCAGUUCGCAAACCACGAACGCUAACUAUGCUCUUCUCAAAAUGCAGAUUUACUAGGACCAGCAUCGAGCCUGUCCGUUCUUUGGAACCCCAAGACACCAAAAUUGUAAUGGACCAAUAUUUCAAGCAAUUGAAUUCUCUAUGGGCUCAACCAAGGAAAUCAUAG